AUGGCGGAUCUUCUGUAUCGUUUCAAACGGUUCAACCCUGGGCAGAAGCUGAACCUGAACUUUGUUGUCGAUCCUCCUCCUCUUCCAGAAGGUAUCACAGAAGAGAUGAUUGAAGACUAUGAAGGGGAGGAUGCUUCAGAAGACGUUACCGCCAUCGAGGGUCCUGCCGUUGCCGCUGUUGAUGAGGGUGCUGAAGCUGCCGAUGAAGGGGCUGCCAUUUGA